GCGGGGCUGGUGGCGGAGCACAGCGGGGCCAGGGCCGCUCACACCGGCGGCAGCAGCAGCGGCGGCGGCGGGGCCAUGAAGGUGAAGAAGAGCGGCGGAGCCGGGGCGGCGGCGGCAGCUCGUACCGAGGAGGAGCUGGGCCGGAAGGCGCUCAUCGGGCCCGACGAUGUGCUGGGGCUGCAGCGGGUCACCAGCGAUUAUUUGUGCACUCCAGAGGAAAAUGUUUACAAGAUAGACUUCACCAGGUUCAAAAUCCGGGACAUGGAAUCUGGCACAGUCUUGUUUGAAAUCACCAAACCAGCAGCUUCAGAGCGUGAACACAAUGACAAGAAGGACAUUGACCCCAAUGCUGGGCGGUUUGUACGUUACCAGUUUACUCCAGCUUUUCUUAGACUCCGGCAAGUGGGAGCCACGGUGGAAUUCACAGUAGGGGACAAGCCCAUCAAUAACUUCCGCAUGAUCGAGAGGCACUAUUUCCGGGAUCAGUUGCUGAAGAGUUUUGAUUUUGAAUUUGGGUUCUGCAUCCCCAGCAGUAAAAACACUUGUGAGCACAUCUACGAGUUUCCCCAGCUCUCUGAGGAUCUCAUUCGGGAGAUGAUCCUUCACCCCUACGAGACACAGUCGGACAGUUUCUACUUUGUAGACAACAAGCUGGUGAUGCACAACAAGGCAGAUUAUUCCUACAGUGGAGGACCUUAAGCACACAGGAUGGACAGCCAACCUGCGCUGGCCUUCCCUUCCUAUUGAAGUCGUCAGGGAUACCAACACCUUCAGUUCCGUUGCCUACAAUGUCGAGUGGAGAAGGACCAAACCAAGGACUCCUGGCCACAGUAGGAGUUUCAUGACUAAACUUGUCAGUCUUGUCUUUGCUGAGCUCUGAAGCAGACCCAGAUCUUCAGAACUUUUAAGCGGUUCUACGAUGCUAAAUGAUCUUUGGAUACCACUUCCCUAAGUCCUUCAAGCGUCUGCUCUGAAAAUAGCCUUGUGGGACCUGAGCAUUCUGCCCAAAUUCUGCGGAUCAGUGUUCUUGCCCUCCAGUAUCUUUUAGGACGUGAUUGCUUUCUGAGAGAAGAGUCUGAGAAACCACCAGAGUGGAUGGAUGCAAAUGCAGAGCUUUCUUUGUGUCUCUCUGUGAAUCCUUCAAAGGCAUGGCCAAUUUAACUUGUACAUCCAGCUGAAAGUGUCGAGCCUAACAUUUCACAAAAGCAAGUUUCAUCUUUAGAUUAGCUCUCUAAAUAAGUGUCUCCUCCUUUAGUUUUGUUCCUUCCAUGUCAUGCUCUGUUUAAUCUUGGGAACGUUGAAACUCGCAGUGAAGACCAGUAAGUAGUUCAGGGACAGAGCUGGUACUGUCCUUUUACAUUUCAGAUGAAGGCAAAGUUGCUUUGAGGGUCUAGGAACUUUCCAUUAAUUUCAGUAUUUGCAAACUGAUUGCAGAAUAAUCAGGAUAAGUGGAGGGAUUUUAGCUUUAUUUAACAUUUUAACAUAGCUAACAUCCAGCCUGUUCAUGCUCUGUAUUUUGCAUGUCUCUUUAAUCUCUGCUCAACCCUAACAUAAGGGCUUUGGCGCUGCUUUGUAGAGCAAGGCUUUCAUUUCUCUAGGGCAGCUGGAGAGUGUAGAAUUUCCAGUUUUCCUUUUCUAUCUGAAAUUGAAGGAUUGUUUUUUUCCCUUGUUAAAAACUUUUCAUGUCAGAUAUUAAUGGAGGUGAAACAGUAAGUCAGAUAAUGUAGGACUUCAAGGCUCAGCUUAAAGCUUUCUCUUCAGACGCCGUUAGAAGCCGAAGACCAAUUUUGGCCAAGUUUCUCAGAGUGUGCUUCUUAGGAAGACAGAAGCACAGAGAAGUAGCAAUAUCAAAAAGAGCAAUCUAGUGUAUGCAAAACAAAAACCUGAGAGGGCUGGGUGGGGCAGCUUCUUGUCAUGAAACCCUUACUCUAAAGGUCAGCUUGCUGAUACUUUGAGAAAACAAAAAAUAAAGUAAAAAAACAAAAAGGCAGUUGCAGUUUGUAGAUAUUUCUAUAAAUACUUGGUGUCUCCAUGUCUAAUUCUGUGAGUUGAAGUGGAACAUUGUAUGUUAGCCUCAGAUAGGUGUGAUUGUAAUAACUUUGGUAAACUAACCAUUGUCAGUCAUGCUGAACAUCUUUCUAGUUCACAGCCCGAGUCAAACAGAACUACAAAUGGUUCCAAACCGUGGCCCUCUGCCUAGGCUCAGGGUGGGUGGUUGUGGGGGGGGUU